CUCCCCCCCCCCCCACGUGACCCGCACUUCCUGUAUGCCAAGCCUCGCUCCCAGCUGCGCGCCCUCUGACCUCUCUCAUUCUCCUCCGCCUGGUGAUUGCUGCCAGUGACCGGGCUCCUCUGCUACAACUACUUAGCAGUGAGGACCGAGAGCCUGGUUUACUGGGGAUCACAGGAGGGUGUAACCUGUCCUGUAUAAAUCACUGAUUCACUGAGGAUGGACAUGGACAGCGGUACUGUGACUGAGAGGAUAAUACAUCUCACUCUGGAGAUCAUCUACCUGCUGACUGGGGAGGAUUACACAGUAGUGAAGAAGACAUCCGGUGAGACACCCAGCAGCCGACCCCGUGUGUCAGGAGGACUGAGCAGGACCCAGAGCCCCAUCACGGUGCCUCCACCUCACUCACUGAUAUAUGAGAGGCACAAUGACCAGAAGAUCCUGGAACUCACCAACAAGAUCAUUCAGCUGCUGACUGGAGAGGAGUGGAAAUAUAUAGAGGAACACAGGGGUCUGUACAAGGACGUGAUGAUGGAGAAUCAUCGGCCCCUCACAUCACUGGAUGGACCCAGUAACAGAGAUACCCCAGAGAGAUGUCCCCGUUCUCUGUAUUCCCAGGAUUGUACAGAGAAGAAUCACAGGAUCCCACAGGAGCAUCAGGAUGAGUAUAUUACUUGUUUUAAGAUAGAAGAUAUAGAGGGAGAAGAAGAGACGUAUGUGACUGAUAUGAAGGUAGAAGAUAUAGAGGGAGAAGAAGAGACGUAUGUGACUGAUAUGAAGGAAGAAGAUAUAGAGGGAGAAGAAGAGACGUAUGUGACUGAUAUGAAGGCAGAAGAUAUAGAGGGAGAAGAAGAGACGUAUGUGACUGAUAUGAAGGCAGAAGAUAUAGAGGGAGAAGAAGAGACGUAUGUGACUGAUAUGAAGGAAGAAGAUAUAGAGGGAGAAGAAGAGACAUAUGUGACUGAUAUGAAGGCAGAAGAUAUAGAGGAAGAAGAGACGUAUGUGAGGGGUGAUCAGCAGUGUAAGGAGGAGAAAAUCCCUACAGAUGAUAUCAGCACAAGAGAUGGAGACACAAGCAGGAAGACCUCAGAGGGAGAUUUAAUUUUGUCUUCAGAUAUUAAAAUACAAGAUAACAUCACACAGGAUUCUCCUGGAGACAUCCCCAUUACUCUAAAUAUACAUCCUGUACAUCCCAGCGCUGAUAUAUCAUCUGAUCCAUCUGAUCAUGGGGAAUGUUCUCUUGAUAACUCAAAUACUGUUACACAUAGUGCUGCUCAUACAGGUGAUUCAGUUUUUACCUGCUCUGAAUGUGGACAAAUUUUUGUAUGUCUGUCAGCGUUUGUUACACAUCAGAGACAUCACACAGGUGAGAGGCCAUUUCCAUGCUCUGAGUGUGGGAAGAGUUUUAGUCAGAAAUCAAAUCUUACUAGACAUCAGAGAAAUCACAGAGGUGAGAAACCAUUUCCAUGUGGUGAGUGUGGGAAAUGUUUUACACAGAAAACAGAUGUUGUUAAACAUCAGAGAAGUCACACAGGUGAGAAACCAUUUUCAUGUGAUGAGUGUGGGAAAUGUUUUACAUACAAAGUCGAUCUUGUUAAACAUCAGAGAACUCACACAGGUGAGAGGCCAUUUCCAUGUGAUGUGUGUGGGAAAUGUUAUACACAGAAAUCAGAUCUUGUUACACAUCAGAGAAGUCACACAGGUGAGAGGCCACAUCCAUGCGCUGAGUGCGGAAAAUGUUUUACACAGAAAUCAAAUCUUAUUGUACAUCAAAGACUUCACACAGAUGAGAGGCCAUUUCCCUGUUCUGAGUGUGGGAAAUGUUUUAUACAGAAAUCGCAUCUUAUUCUACAUCAGAGAAGUCACACAGGUGAGAAACCAUUUCCAUGUUCUGAGUGUGGGAAAUGUUUUACACAGAAUUCAGCUCUUGUUAAACAUCAGAGAAGUCACAUAAGGAAGAACUGAUUGGCAUAUGGGGGUAUCUGUGUGAUACAAGAGCGUGUCUGUGCAGGAAUGUUUAUAGGUCUUAAUGGUAUACAGUAGUUGUUGGAUCUGAGGGAGUAUUUGUUGGCAUGUUGGGAUUUUUUGGAGCAAGCACGGGGCAUUUUUGGAUGACUCAUGUGGGUUUGCCAAAAUAGUUUUCAGUUGUUUUCUAAAUGAAGGUUGAUGUGGAUUAGAAUAUUGUAGGGCUGUAUACAUCCAGAUGCCCAUCACAGAGUUACUGUAUGUAGAUAGUUACUUAUAAAAACAAGCCAUGAUAAAGUGUACGUAAAAUAUAUACAUCCGCCUGAGUUUAGUAAAUGCAUAAAAUAAAACAAAACAAAAAAUCAAAUAUCAAAAA